AUGGCGAAUGAGCCACAAGAGCCUCCGCCCCCGCCGGUAAUCGGUAUCGCUACAACAGGCGAACUCGUCACCAUCUUCGUCGGCCCCGAGAAGAAGCGCUACAACAUCCACAAGGACAUCAUCUGCCACCACUCCGAGUAUUUCCGAGCCGCUUACAACGGUCGAUGGAAAGAGGCGGACGAGGGUGUGAUAUUGGAGGACGUCGAAGUCGAAGUGUUUAACAUCUUCGUUCACUGGCUGUACACCCAACAGCUCCCAUCAGGAGAUCUUGCCGACAUCGCGUAUGCGAACAACAUAGAGAAAUACCCCAAUGCGGACUAUCUCUACGGUGGUGGGCAGCUUAGGGCUUGCGCUUUCGCCAACCGAUUUCUUGUCGCCGAGUUAGAACGCAUUGCUCAUAACAACUACAUCGACUUCGUAUGGUACACAACGGCUCCAAGGUACGAGGACGUAUAUUUCGUCUACGAGAAUCUGCCAGGACACACCUUGAUUCAGGACCUCCUCGUCAAAUUGCAAUAUGAAUGGUGGCAUCCCGGCCAGGAUUCCCCACAGGAAGAGGCAACGCGCCUUGACCUCCCGAAAGAAUUCCUUGUCGGUUUCAUGCUCAGGCACGCAGAGGUCCGCGCUCAAGGUGGCGGCACGGAUUGGGAUAACAAACAGGAGGAGUUCUACAUGCAGAAAAGAACCGAGAAGGUCAGUGAAUGA